CGAACCGCUUGAUAUACUUUUUGAUGUAGAAUGCGUCUUCAACUGGAACAUUUGGUCAGGAUUGUAGCAGCCCAUACAUCCAAGCCGUCAUACGUCCAGCCGAAACAUGAGCGCCUCAGCCCUCAGCCUCGCCGCCUUGACCGGUCCAACAGCGCAACCUCACCCUGAGGGACCACAUGCGUUCUGCGGCGUUCAUCCAAUAUCUCUACUGGAUUACCCCGUCACACAGCAGCAUUCUCAUCGUGAUGCGACCACCUCACUGGCCCGAGAAAUAGUUUCGAAACGAAUAAGAUGUCGUAAACAGCUGGGCCCCUUGCGUACCGCGUUUCAGGUGAACUGCGGUUUGCGCUUGUCCCUUUUGGGGGGUCGAGGGAAACAUAAGCCGCUUUGUGAAGGAGGAUGUCGGAAGGCUUAAGAUGGAGGAGUUGAUAAUAUCUUCCCGGACCCUGUUGCCGCUUCUUUUACACUCCUACUCUUUGCAGACAUAGAUCAUGGAUGACUAUAUGGAAGAGGAGCAGUUUCUACCAAUGACCCUAGGCGAAGGAAAUGCUAUGAUGCAAUUGGAUGACAGUUCAGCAUAUCUACAUGAUAAUUUCCAGCACCUACGUCCAGGACUCGAGGCUCUGCAAGAGGAUUCAUAUGGCACAGAGUAUCCGUCUGAUACAACUCCCAGUUGGCAGAACACCACCAUCGCUUCCCAAAAUUAUGGUCAAUUUCAUGGCCUGACAGGAACCUCUGCGCGAUCAUCCGUCUCGUCCGGACAUCGGCUGUCGAAUACCAGCAUCUUCUCACAGCCACAAUGGAGGGGCUCAGUUGCGUCCACCAGCACAACAUGGUCCGACGUCUCCCAGUCUCGCUCCGGCCUCAACACCACGGCCCUCACUGGCGCUCCAUUACGAAGCACUCAACCAUCUACUUCUCGUCACCGCAACCGCCGCCCAACCGCAUCCACACCCCGGUACUGGUGCACCUCCUGCCACGAGCCCUUCGGGGAGAAAUACGACUGGAAGCGCCACGAGGAAACCUACCAAGAGCGCUCCGUGACCUACCACUGCGGCCUGUGUCCCAAAACCUACUUCCUCGAUAAGGACUUCAUCCACCACCACCGUGAAAGGCACCGCUGCCAGACGUGCGUGGAGAACAAGCAUGCCGAAGUUGCACGACGACAGCGGAGAACGCGCACGGGCUGGGGCUGUGGGUUCUGCUUGAGGUGGGAUGGCGAUUGGGGCGAGAGGUGUAAGCACGUGGCGUGGCAUUUUGAGAAGAACGGCGAUGGGAUGCACAGGUGGAAUCAGACGCAGGUGAUAUUGUCGCUGUUGCAGCAGCCGGGAGUGAGGAGAGAGUGGCAUGCUUUGUUGGAGAGGAAGGGGGAGGCGAAUCCGAGUUUUGGGUGGAGUAGGAGUUGGGCUGGGAGGGCGGAGGGGUAUUUGGAAGGGGAGUGCGAGCCGCAGUUGCAAGAUGUGCUGGAGUUUUAUACGCCGGAUCAGGAUGCGAGGGCUUUGGUCGAGUGGGCGUGGGAGUUGGGACAUCAGCCGCCAGGAGUUGCAUCAACGGCCAAGGGACGGAAUAAGGGGUCCGCAUCCAGGUGCUCCUCUUCUCCCGACAAGGCACUACCAUCGUUACCAACGAGCCAACCGCCGCCACCAGUACCACCAAAAGACCAGGCCCUCGAACCAGCAAUAACGCAUAUGACUACCGACCUCCCUAUCGAUCUCGAGCACUGGGAAUUCCUCAUCGACAGCAUUCCCGACGACAGCCUCCUCCCUCAUGGCAUUCCAAUGGACUUCAGCAACCUGGAUCCGGCACACUUCGAUCUUCAUGUGGACACGAGUAUGCACUUUCAAUGAACCAGCAAGAUGAAACCCGAUUAUGUACGAUAUGCUCCCAUACUUAUCGGCGGGAGCUGGUCUCCCCGCCUAAAUGCUAAUAACCA